UUUCCAAAUUUCUUCUGUAGCCUUCAGGAUGUGCUUCCAUGGAUACGCCCGACUAUGUAAGCCAACGAAGCAGUGUUGUGGGCGCAAAUUCAACCAAUGUAGGAGGGCAAUUCGGAGAAGCGAGUCGAUACGACUGCGAAUUUCCGAUCCUCGAACAUAAAUCCAUUCUACGUCGUCGUUUUGCUACCUACUUGAGCCCCAAGUCACUCCGUUACAAAAGUCUCUCGAAGACGCUUAAUCUAUUGGUGGAAGAUUCAUUUUAUUCCACAAAUAACCCCCACCGCCAUACCUUAUUUACAAGCUCUACCAAAACCCCGUCACUUGUGAGAUAUAAAACCCCUCCCUGUCCACUUUUCUGGUACUCAAUCGAAAUCACCCAUCGCAAUUAGAAGAAUUAAACGUUCGUAACGAUCAGAGAGGAAGUCGCUGGAACCGUACGUAAGUUCGCGAGAAUUCGUCGCAACAUCGAUGGGGACUUCUCCCGGGGUCUCCUUCCCGGUGGUUUUCUACGAUGGCGAAACAGAGGCCGGCAUCGGAGAGGUCGUCGUUUACCCUUCUCUCGAUUUCAAGACGUUCCAGUCGAUUUUGAGUCGUAAGAUCGGUAUCUCUUCUAACCAGUUCUCUACCUAUCUCGCUGACAGCAAGAAACCACGCUCCAAGAUUCCCAUCACGGCUAAGGUCAAUUUUGCGGCGGUUUCUCGCGAAAGGAACUGCUUCUUUCUUGUUGUUCUGAAGCGAUCGAGGCGCGAUAGGAGAAAGAACUAUAACAUUCAGAAUGAAAUCACCAACAAGAAGAUGAACCCGCAUGCUAAUGUGAUGCUAUUAAGAAGAGACGGCAGCGUCAGCCCGGCGAUUACGGAUUUUGGCUCGCACAUGGUUCUGGAUCGGGUAGGGUAUGAGAAUCGGGUCAGGGAGCUCGAGAUGGAGCGGGAAAGGUACUUGAUGAAUAUGGGACUAGAGGGGUUGAGUCUUGGAAAGGAACACAGAGAUUUGAACGGCGGUAGCCUUGGCAGUGAAGGUGGCCGCAAAGCAGUGUGUGAGGAGUGCGUGAAAGCGAAGGAUAUGGAACGUCAGGUCGGGUUUCAUUGGUGUGUGUAUGAUGCUGUAACUUUUGGGUUCAGGUCGCCGGCUGGUCCAAUUGCACGGCCCGUUAAAGGAUCCGAUUAAGGGUUCUUAUACAAGAUUACAAGAUGAGAAAUUGCAGUGUGAAAAUUGAGUUGAAGAGGAGAAAGGAAUAGUAGGCUUGUAGGGUCUUUGGUGUAGCCGUCUCAGAAUGUUGAAACGGUUUGGCAUCAAAAGUGUGUCCAGCCUGAAAUUUGGGGACGGGGACGGGGAUGGAGUCCUGUUUGGGUUUUAUAUUUUGGGAUUUUUUUUUUCUAGCUCGAAGUUGGUCAUCACCUUAUUCGAGAGUAUGCCUUAACCACGAGAACCGGGUGGUUAACCGGGGUUGUGGGCUUUUUCCUUUUCCUUUGGUGUGCAAUGUAAUAUCCAUUGGAAAAGUUGCAAUACAAUUAUCUAGUUUCUAUUUGA